UCGAUUUACUUGAAAUAUUCAUGAGGGUUCAAUAUUUAAUAUGUUAGCAAACUAUUUUUAACACUACUUUGCGUCCAAUAUUCUUUUAUGCAACGCUUGGAAUUUAUGUUUCUUAGAGAAGAUCGAUAGAAACUAAGACAGUAAUUUCCUUUUACAAAAAUAACAGGCUUGUGAAUCAUAACAUAAUAUAGACCGAUAAAUUUAACACUGCUCUAUUUAAACUCUAAAGAUAAACAACUGACCAACAAACCAGGUGCUUUAUGUGGGCAUGUGUGCCCCCUCCAGUCCUCUUCAGCUAAGAUCAAUAAUCCUAACUGAAGGGAGACAGUGGUUGUAUUCAGUGAGAAGGGGUGCGUGAAUCAAGUCAUUCUAUAGGUAAAGCCUGUUGCUGCUACCACAUUUCGCAAGUUCGCAGAACGUGCUGCAUUAAACGCCAUAUUAAUUGUCUAUCAUAAGACUGAUUACCAUUUACAAGAUUUAGUGAUGUGCUGUGGACAUAUCGAAGGAUUAUGGAGAGGCUGGCUAAUUGGACUAGUGAUAUAAACGCAACAUCAGUACCUGUCUCAGGACAAAACUGUGUGUCAAAUUCAUCAAAUUCUGCAUUUCUGGCAGACAAAUCACUGGUCACAGCACCGUCGUGGAGUGCGAUACAACAAGACACAAGAUGGGCGUUUCUAUUACAUGCAUACAGCUUUGCAUGCCUCUUCUUUGUACUGGGGUUUUACACAUUCUUCUCUAUUUUAAAUUUAAGAUCUCUCAUAUCUACCAGGCCGUUUAUGUCCACGAUUAACAUAUUCUUAUGUUUACUUGGGGCAUCGAGAGCCGCUUCUUUGUUUAUAGACGCGUACAAUUUUAAAGAGAUUCUGCCCAAAGUUAUUGGCUCAAUUAUAUGGGACAUUGGAUAUCCAUGCAUUACAUCUGCCUUUUGUCUGAUACAGCUAGCUUUCCUGCAAUUGACGAAGCUGAAAUUUGGUCCAGAGAAGAUACAGAAGGAAUCCUGCCUCAGCCUCAUUAUAGCAGCACACUUUUUCUCCAUUAUCACCAGUGACGUUAUUUUGUCCUCCCACAAUUGCUACAUGUUGAAAUACAUGAUCCAAGUGGCGUUUCUUAUUUGGAGCGUUCUUUUGUACCUUGCGUUUUUACAUGCAGCUUACAAAAUUGAUCAUUUACUUCAGACUAUGCCAAGCAGUAUGUUGACGCGGGAUAAUUCCAAUGCACAUCAGAAAGGUAUCAUGCAACUCGCAAUGUUGGCACCGUAUAGCAACUUGGCGACUUCAGUUGCUGCCGCGCUAGUACCUACUUUACUUGGUCCAGCUAGAAUGAAAGGCCCAGAGGAAAGUGAACCUGCAAACGUAACUAAGAAUGUGGAGGAACCGCCCGCGGAAGGAGAAUCGCGAGUCACAAUUGCCGCCAAAGUGUGCAAACUAGAGGGACCAGCGCAAAAGGAAGUACAGAAUACAAUACCUACGUGCACCGUACAAUCACCGUCUCAGGAACAAAAGUCGUCGGUACCGGAAGUCUACGUUAGGCCACCGACCCCUACCCCGUCGACCGCUAAUCUGCCGAUUAUAACAGUGUCCAGCCCAAGUCGUAGAAGCUCUAUGGCCAGCCGACGAGGCAGUGACACAUCCACCAAAUCUUCGCGCAGGAAUUCGGAAUGUAGCGUCAGAUUUGUAAACGAGGAGAAUGGAUCCAUGACGGAAUACAAACGCACGACGGAGGGUAGCCCCAGACCUUUACCGAGGAUGCGAGAGGAGUUUGAGAGGAACCGUUCGCCCGAGAGCCCACGACGAUACUCGGAAAAUAUCACGCCGACAGGCAGCACUAGGGAACUGCGACGAUGCUCCGACUUUACCCACGAGAAGAAUCGUGGCUCGCAAUUUGCAACCAAGCUGCGGAGGAAUAGCGAUUUUGGUAAUAGAACACCCAGAAGAUUGUUGCCGUCUGAUGAACAAUCUAGAUUGCCCAAAGUCCUGGAUGUUAGCCCUACAGGUUCAAGACGCAAUUCUGAUAUUGGUACUUUCAUAUCACCCAGACCCGAAGAGCGUAGAAAUUCCGAGAGUUCCUAUCGACGUAACUCCGAAUUCAUUCAUAUUAAGCCGUUAAUUAUAAAUCGUCGAAGCAGCGAUAUCAGUAUCAGAACGUUAGACAGAAGUCCUACACACUUUCAGAGCAUAGUACCUGUUAAGACGGAGGUGCAGGAGAAAUCUGAAUCAGAUUCAGAUCAUCCUGAUUGCAGCGAGAAAGCGGCACUGAUGAACGAAAAGUCGAAGAGCAAAGACGAAGAGCCGAAAGUACGCAAAAAGAAUUUGUCAUGGAAUGAUAAAAAUAUUGAAGACCCAGAAGACAUCACACCGGAGACUAAUUUACUUCCCGAAAAUACAUCUGGUGAAGCAAGAAUAAUGAGCACGGACUUUACGCUACAUUCGAUUCUGAAUCAUAUUGCGUACGUGAAUCGAGCGAAAUCCGAUACGCCACUGCAUAUACCGGAAACGGAUACCGCAGUUGCCAGAAAAUCUCAGAUGCAAAAAGUAUUAAAUGUUACGCGCGCUACUGCAAUUAUAGGAAUCCUCCUAUGCGUCACGGAUGCCUUUCGUAUUUUUGGACCAUAUGGACUGUUUGCUGAAACUGUACCGUACGGUACAGAACCAGCAUCGACGCAAUUUCCCAUGCCGUGGCCGUGGCUGUUAUACCAAACAAUACCCAGGAUAUUUGAAUUUGUGAUGGGCUGCGCCAUGGCAAAUAUAACUAAACAGCCAUCAGUAAGUCCACGACAUCAAUACCUGAGUAAUUAUCCUAAUUAUUCCCCGCGCGUAAAUCGAGGUAAUAAUCCUUAUAUAUGAAGCAAUAGUUUAUCUAAGCGUAAUCAUAAUUCAAAAAUCAAGAUGCCAAAUAAAAGGUUUCUUUUUUAAUUUCUUUCAUCAAAUCUUUUGAUAUAUUACUCUUUCAAGAUUAAUAUUUCUCAUAAUGGCUUCGCGAUUACUUUAAAAAUGGAUUUUACAAACGUAUGUAUAUCACUCUCAGUAAGCGAAACAAUUUAUGUUCGUCAGUUACCUUAAUAUUCUUUAAAAACUUACUGUUAAUUGGAAAAAUAAUUGUAACAAAAUUGCAUACUUAUUUUUAUACAUAGUUUUAAUUAUGAAUUGAUAACAAUUUUUAUCGAAGAUGCAUAUAAUUAUCAUGAUAAAAAAGAAAAAGGCGGAGUCUCAAAAAAUUCGCUAUAUAUGAAAACAUAGCAAUAGAUGAAUAUAACAUUCUAAACAUGGAAUAAAUGUUUAGACAACAUUUAAUGACAAAUGCAAUAGAGUCAAGUAGCAUUUCUAAAAACCACUGUUUAUGCGAAGUGUUCAUUCGAAGCACAUACUCACAAAAACAGAUAUCUAUUUUUUAAAUUAGAUUAGUUUCCCGAUGAAUUAAUUUAAUGACUUCUACUGUGUUCUGAGAAAGAUACAUAUGCAUAUAUAUAUAUAUAUUUUUUUGCUGUUGAAUAAAUAAUAUAUAUAUAUAUCAUUUUUUAACUUACAUAUAAAAUUUGAAAAGGAUAUUUUCGAAGUAAAAAAGAAAAACAGAAAUAGACUGUAUAUAUAAACAAAGAUGUGAAAAUAGUAGGUGACUUUUAUUGAUAAUAUGUGAAAAAAAUAACGCGUUUUUACUGUGUGUCAAUCGCGCACCAAUGCUUAGAAAUAAAAGAACCCAAACUCUCCAAGUGCCCUACUACUAAAUGUUCAACAAAAUUACAACAAUGUUUAAUACAUAAAUGACUUAUCUGCAAGUUGAAUUUGUAACAGUGUUGUGAUCCUACAUGUGAUAUCAUAUUUAUGUGUUUAGAAUAGGAGGCCAUUUUACGCUUAUGUAAGCUUAAAUAACACUAUAUUCCGUGAGAUAAAAGACUGUAAAAGUGAGUUUAUGAUAAAAGCAGAGCUACAUCAUAGCUUUAUUGCAGUUGUAUACAAUUUAUCAUACUUUCAAGUCUUAUAUAAUUAAGAUAGCCAAUAUUUUAUUAUGUUGCUGUAUUUGUCUAUAUAUUUUAAUUUAUAAUAUAUUUUUUAAUUUUUACAAAUUACAGCUAAAAAUUAUAUUUAAUGUAUAGUAGUGUAUAUUUAUGUGCAUACUAUAAUUUUAUUUAUUAUGUGCAGUAUUAGAUAUUUUUGCAUUUUUUUACUUCUCUUUUUACAAGCAUUUAUAUUUAAUAAUGUUAACUUUCUAUUUAUGUAUAUUCUGUUUACCUCACUAAACCAAAUAUAGAACAAGUGAGAAAUCUAGUAGUAAUACUUACAAGAGCAUAAAAGGUCUCAGAGAGUAAUUAUCUGUUUGAAAUUUAUGGUAUGACAAAAGUAGUAAAAUCUAAAAUAUAAUAUUGAUGUUUCAUGUGCCAAAUACUCGUGUUAACUAUUUUAAAUGUUUACAAGAGAUACAAAGUCUUAUUAUCCUAACGUGAAUUCUUCUACAAAACUAUUAUAUAUAUAUAUAUAUAUAUAUAUAUAUAUAUAUAUAUAUAUAUAUAUAUAUCUAUAUCUAUAUUAUAGAUAAAUAUUUAUAUACAAUUGAAUGUACAAUAACAAACAAUUGUCGUUUUAAUCAAAUUGAUAAGGAUUCUGAAAUUAUAUAAUUGAUAUUUUUACUGAUGCAAGAUGGUAAUAUCGCAGUUCAAUAGUUAUACAUAAACAGGUAUAAAAUAUUAAAGUUUUCAAUAGACGCUCUCUAUUGCUCAAUAGAAGCUCUCUAUUGUUCUAUAUCUGAAUUAAUACUAUUAACAUUAAUAAUCAUUUCUUAACAUGACUAUUUGGUCAUUAAAUAUAUGUAAUAAAGUUGUGAAUUAUGAUACAUAUUAUAUAUAUAAAACAUUGAAUAUAUAUAUUUAAUCAAGAUGGAUUGCCAUAAUUGUUAUAAAUGAAUAACAAAAAAAAUGUGAAGAUCUUGAAAACAUUUUCAAAAUAUCUCGCCCAAAAGUAUAAAAAAUAGUUUAUAUCUUAUAUAGCACCUAUACAGCACUGACUUUAUUCUUAGCAAUAUAGUUCUGACCAAGAAAAAAAUAUUACUUAGAAUAAGAUUUUCUUUAUCCUCUCGGUUGAUUUUUAGAUAUUUUAUAUGUUCUGUCUCCGUACUAAGAAUUUUUUGUAGUAAUGUAGUAUAUAAGAUUUAAAAGUAAUAUACACUCCGCUAUUAUUUAUAUUGUUUAUCAUAUUAGACUCAGGAUCGUCAUAUUGUUAUGUUUAAGAGAUAUCAAUAUAAUCAACAACCAUGUAAAAGAUUAUUAAAAAAAAAAAAAAAAAAAAAAACAGAA